AUGUGCUUCUCCAUGGCAGGUCUGAGCGUGGGCGUGGGCGUGGUGUGGUUUGUGUCAGUGGUAUCGGAAGAAUAUGCCAUCGCUUCCGGUCGAAGGACCAGUUGGUCCAGUAUGUAUGCUUACCGCUACGGAUGGUCCCUCAUGGCGGCUAGCAGCGCGGGCGUGGCCGCCCUCUUGGCCGCCCUCCUCACAGGUCACGCCCACCUUGCCCGCCACGCCCCCCUGGUGGGUGGCAUGAUGAAGACACGGUCGAGUAGCACGGAGGAGAGCCUGGCACGUCCCCUGCUGAGGUGCCGCAGUGAGGGAUGCCUGGGCCAGAGGUCCUUCACUUCAGACACUAUCAGAACCUACCUGACCUGUGACUCCAGGCGUCACCAGCCUCGGGGGUGCAUUCCCCCGCCCCCGCCGCCCCUCCAUCACUGCCCCUCCAUCGUCGACCUCACACGACCCGUGGAGGACCACUCCACCUCUGAACCUCCAGCCUCAAGGCGCUCCUCACGAGCCACUAUCCUCGGUGAGGAUAUUAUACGGGAUCACAUCCACCUCCAGCAGCAACAGCAACAAAAACAGCAGCAGCAAAAGCAGCAACACAAGCAGCAGCAACAACAACAACAGCAUAAGCAGCAGCAGCAACAACAGUCAAAACCGUCACAAACACAGCAACAGGGGAGGAGUUGGCCUGUGGAAACCUCGAGAGUAAUCAUUGAAGCCCCGCGUGGAGCCCUAACUCCAGUAGUACCUCCUCCUCCACUAAGCUCCUCCUCCUCCUCCACAUCUCCCCUGGAGCCUCCACUACCCCUGCCACCCUCCACCAGGGCAGCAACAGCAGGGGGGUCACGAAGACACGCCGAGAGCGCCACCAACAGACCACUCUGCGAGCCACUUCGACUACCAGAGUACAACUCCUUCACGAUGGGGGACUACAGUCGCACCUUACCCACCGAGGGACGCCAAAUGGCAGUGUUCGAGAGACGGUCUGGCCAUCGCUCAGCCACACUCACCCGCUCCACCACCAAAAUAUCCUCAGAGGUAUGAGAACCAGACGCCGUGAGGCGACACUCCAGGCGAUACUCUUAUGACCCAGGAGGGGAGACCUGGGUGUAAAACGUACCUAAUGCACCACCAAACCUACAUUUCGAAGGCGUUUCGUUCAUUUUCAGCUUACUAAAGCUCAAUCCUGAGCGAAACGUUGUCUAAGAAGCUUGGGUUGCAUUAUGUGUUACAGGCUAGUGUCUGCAAACAUAGGUGGGUACGGUGACUCAGAAGAGCGUGGUGGAGCGGGCAACAAUUUCUUCCACAGUUUCUAGACAUUUUUAUCGGUGACAAGUGCUCAGUGACUCUCAGUGCCAACUCGUAUAAAAACAAAUCCGAAAACUCCGCCAUUUCUCUCUCUCACAUAUAUAUAUAUAUCUUGGGCCUCAAACUCAGUAUAUGAAGUUUCAUAUAUAAACAAAGAUGGUGCUGUUAUAGACAACGGGUGAGGUGCUCAACACAUAA